AGAGACAUCAGAUAGAAUGAGCUCUGAUAAUAUUUCCACCAAAUUGAAAGAGGAUAAUGAUCGACUGAGGAAAGAAAGAAAUGAUGCAAGAACAGAACUUCAAAGGGUACUGAAGGAGAAGAAAGAAUCUUUAUAUCAAAACCUAAAUACAGAAAAGAAUCUUGCUAGAGAAGACCUUCAGACCAAAGAGAGGGAAAAGUUAGAGUUAGUUGCUUUGUUUAAGAAUAAGGAGGAAAAAGAUUUACAAAAACUAAAGAUAUUUGAAAAGGAUAUUGAAACUUUAAAAUCAAAGUGUAGGGAUGAUAAUGAAAAAAUGAGGCAAUCGGAGCACGAGAUUGAAAUUUUGAAAUCAAGGUUGAAAGAUGACAAUGACAAAAUACAGCGAUUCGAACAUGAAAUUUAUACUUUGAAAUCAAGUUGCAGGGAUGAUAAUGACCAAGUACAGCGAAUGAAACGUGAGAAUGAAACUUUAAAAUCAAGGUGUAAAGAGGACAAUGAAAAAAUGAGGCAAUCGGAGCAUGAGAUUGAAAGUUUAAAAUCAAGGUUGAAAGAUGACAAUGACAUAAUACAGCAUUUGGAACAUGAGAUUUAUACUUUGAAAUCCUUAGAAAAUUUAAAAUCAAGAUUAACAGGAGAAAAAGCAAAUCAGUAUAGUGCUUAUGAAAUGCUGCAGAAUAAGAAUGAUCUUGAAACAUGCAAAUAUCAAAAGAAAGCACUUGAAGAUGAGCGAAAUGAACUUCAGAAAGAAAAUAUUGAACUGCAAAAUGAGUUACAGUACCAAAAAGAGACAUCAGAUAGAAUGAGCUCUGAUAAUAUUUCCACCAAAUUGAAAGAGGAUAAUGAUCGACUGAGGAAAGAAAGAAAUGAUGCAAGAACAGAACUUCAAAGGGUACUGAAGGAGAAGAAAGAAUCUUUAUAUCAAAACCUAAAUACAGAAAAGAAUCUUGCUAGAGAAGACCUUCAGACCAAAGAGAGGGAAAAGUUAGAGUUAGUUGCUUUGUUUAAGAAUAAGGAGGAAAAAGAUUUACAAAAACUAAAGAUAUUUGAAAAGGAUAUUGAAACUUUAAAAUCAAAGUGUAGGGAUGAUAAUGAAAAAAUGAGGCAAUCGGAGCACGAGAUUGAAAUUUUGAAAUCAAGGUUGAAAGAUGACAAUGACAAAAUACAGCGAUUCGAACAUGAAAUUUAUACUUUGAAAUCAAGUUGCAGGGAUGAUAAUGACCAAGUACAGCGAAUGAAACGUGAGAAUGAAACUUUAAAAUCAAGGUGUAAAGAGGACAAUGAAAAAAUGAGGCAAUCGGAGCAUGAGAUUGAAAGUUUAAAAUCAAGGUUGAAAGAUGACAAUGACAUAAUACAGCAUUUGGAACAUGAGAUUUAUACUUUGAAAUCCUUAGAAAAUUUAAAAUCAAGAUUAACAGGAGAAAAAGCAAAUCAGUAUAGUGCUUAUGAAAUGCUGCAGAAUAAGAAUGAUCUUGAAACAUGCAAAUAUCAAAAGAAAGCACUUGAAGAUGAGCGAAAUGAACUUCAGAAAGAAAAUAUUGAACUGCAAAAUGAGUUACAGAGCCUUAACUCAAAACUGGAACAGUUUGAAGAUUCUGUGAGGAAUAUAUCUAAUUUGAAGAAAGAAAUUAAGGAUCAUGAAGAAGGGUAUAGAAAUAUCACUUCAAAAUUGCAUGAAGCUGAGAGGCAGAUGGGAGAACAAAAUGAAACACUUGAAGAUCAGAAACAAGAAAACAGAGAGAUAUAUAAGGAAAAGAAAGAUUUGGAAAAUAAACUCAGGUUAGCCUUAAACAAUGAAGAACAGGCUUCUUUAGGCAAAGAAUGUGAGGAAUUGAAAACUAUUCUGCAAGAGAAACAAGAAGAAUUAUACAAUUUGAAAUCAAGGUUCCAGAAACUCACAGAUUCAAAAGAAACUUCAGAAGUUCUUAAUAAAAUAAUUGAAAGUCUGAAGCAGGAAAAUUCAGAUUUAAAUCAGAGGUUGCGGGAGUUGGAGGUCCUUAAAAGACAAGUGCAAAAGCUGGAUUUUGAAAACUCAGAAUUAAAAAGAAGACUGAGUGAAGCUGCUGGGAAUAAACUAAGAGAUAACACUCCAAACAUUGCAGACUUAAGUGAUAUGAACCGUCCAACUUCAUUAGCCGAAAAGUUUUCAUCUUUGUACACAGAUGAAUACACAGAUGCUAUGAAAGUUAUUGAAGAUGACAUGAAUGAGGCAGCUUCUGUCAAGGUCAUGCUUGAUUGGUUAAAGAGUUGUUAUGCUUGGUGUCAAAGAUUAGCCAAAGAACAGAGAGAAACCUUGAUAAACAGAUCUAUUGGAUUCAUGGAAGAUCAUGGUGGACAUAAAGUAGUUUUAUCAGACAGGUGUCUUAUCUUUGUGAAGGAGUUUCAGAAGAAAAUAGCAGCAGAGAGUUUAGCAGUUGUUGGACAGAUAUGUCAUGCGAAGAGUGUUACACAACAAACUUUAUCCAGGGAGAAUUUCAUUGUAAAAUAUAUCAAAAAAUGUUCUGAACUUUGUUGGAUGAUGCAGAUAUCAGAUCCACCUCUAUUUUUAAAUUUUGAUGUGAAUUCAGGAGAAAACUUAAACAAAAAUGACUAUAUUGUGUUUACAAAAAGUGGCAGCAAAAUUGAUUAUUUAGUGUGGCCUGUUUUAUAUCUACACAAAACUGGACCAAUGUUGGCUAAAGGUGUGGCACAGGGAAAAUAACGUAUGAUGCAUUAAUAUUUUGAAGUUUUUAAGAUUGUAUAAUAAUGAAUGAUAAUAUGAUUGAGGGGAACAAAAAUUGAAUGAAGCAGAAGUUAUAAAUGAUGAGGGUUGCCAUCCAUCAAAAUAAUGUUAGACAUAUGACAAUUACUGAUUAUACAAAUUAUACAUGAUUGAUAAAAUAGUAAGAA